GUCAUGCGGCCUGGGUUAGAGAGGCGGAAGCAGAGAAAACAACAACAAGCCUGUCGGUGUCCCGUCUACACCAGUAGUCAAAAACCAGUCUAAUAUCACUCCUUGCUGUCGUCCCGAGGGCAAGAUGUCUUUGUUUGGGAAGUUGUUUGGUAGCAGCGGAAAAGGGGGCAAAUCUUCAAGCCCCCAAGAGGCUAUCCAGCGACUGCGAGAAACAGAAGAAAUGUUGACCAAGAAACAAGAAUUCCUGGAGAAGAAGAUCGAACAGGAGCUUGUAACGGCCAGGAGAAACGGCACGAAGAACAAACGAGCUGCAUUGCAGGCACUGAAGCGUAAGAAGCGCUAUGAGAAGCAGUUAGCUCAGAUUGAUGGCACUCUUUCUACCAUCGAGUUCCAGCGAGAGGCGCUAGAGAACGCUCACACCAACACCGAGGUCAUCAAGAAUAUGGGCUUUGCUGCUAAGGCCAUGAAAGCUGCCCAUGACAACAUGGACAUCGACAAAGUGGAUGAACUCAUGCAGGACAUCACAGAACAGCAGGAGCUGGCGCAAGAAAUUUCAGACGCAAUCUCAAAGCCUGUCGGGUUUGGGGAGGAAUUCGAUGAGGAUGAGCUGUUAGCUGAACUAGAGGAGCUGGAGCAGGAAGAGUUGGAUAAGAACCUCCUGGAGAUCGGAGACAAUGUACCACUGCCAAACGUGCCCUCUACAUCCUUACCUGCCAGACCAGCAAAGAAGAAAGAAGAAGAGGAUGAGGAUGACAUGAAAGACCUGGAGGCGUGGGCUGCCAAUUAAUGCUUCCCGAAACCCAUACACGCUAUACAAGGCAUAAACCUCACUCCAAUACCUGUUACUAAAGGACCUGGAAGGAUUCUUCAGUAUGUUACAGUAUGACGUCUUUGUGUCUAAAAUAGGUUCAUAUUUAAACACACACGAGAGGAAAACAAACAUAAAUGCAACUGCU